AUGGCUUCCGGCGAAUUUGGCGACCGAGAAUGGGCAAUCCUCAAUGCAGCCUCGCACAAGAUUGUGCAGAGUAAUGCCAAGCUGCUGUAUGAAAUGACGCCCGAACUCAAAAAGUGGCACGCAAAGGGACGUCUCCUCGACAAGGACUUCUGCCUCUACGGUUACACAUUCCUGUUCUCGAAUCAGCUGAAGAUACUGAUGCGCAGUGGCCGCGGUGGCGAAGAGGCAGCCUCGAUUGUCAAGAAGGCGGCUGGCAGCGGGCCUUCCAAGGCCACACAGCCCAAGGUCAAAGACAAAGCCAAAAAUGCCUCUCCGAAAAAGACGAAGCUGGAGAGCGAGUACGAGGAUGACAGUGGAAGUCUGUCUGACGACGAAGAAGAGAAGACGACAAAGAUGCCAGCCAAGCGCAGCUCCGACAAUAUCAAGAAGACCAAGGAAGCGGUCGGCAAUGUGAAGCAAAUGCAGGAGAGGAAGGAAGAAAAGGACCUCCUCGCUCGCCAGACUAGCAAGUCCGCAAUCGGCAAACGUGGGACGGUCCCAAAGGUCGCGAUGCGAGAGAGUAUGAACGAAGAAGACGCUAGCUCACCCGCCACUUCGCCCGAUAAGAGGAAGAGGAUGGCCAGUUCAAAGGGCCAUGACGGAGACCUUGGCCAGGACGACACAAGCGAGAAAGCAGAGACAACCCUGCCGCCUCUGGAAACCCCCCUCAAGAAGACUUCCUUGCCAGGCGAAGGCGCCAUGCCAACGACCGAGACGAGUGUCGGACAAAAGACCGAUGUAGCCGGGCCAGCUACCGACGGUGUGGUCCCGAGUCCUGCAGCAGCAGCGAAAAGCAGGCGGGUCGAGGACGAGUGUCAUGAAGUCGGAGCCGAAGACUGUUCGGGAGGAAAGCGCAACGCACCUGCAUCUUUCGAAGGACAGCCAGAUGCAAAGAAGAGCAAGACCGAUGCUUGA